UGCUUUGGUAUAGUUAGUUACCGCUAUAAAUACCUCCUACCGUAUUGCUUCUUAGUACCACAGUGCAACCAAGUUGUAUAUUUCUCUUUAUUUUGAGAUGGCAGAUGAGUAUGAUCGCAGCUACGGAAGGUCAGUCACAAACAGUGACGAAGGCGGGUACAACAAGACCAGCAAGGAAGACUAUGGCCGCAGCAGCGAUGAUACCGGCGGCUUCAACAAAUCCAGCAACGACAACAAUGAUGGUGGGUAUAAGAACACCAACACGGAUGACUACAGUAGCAGUGGCGGCUACGACAAGUCCAGCACAGACAGUUUCGCUGGCGGCUUGACCAAAUCUAGCACCGAUGACUACAAUGGCAGUGGCAGUUACAACAAAACUGGUGCCGAAGACUACAGUGCCAGUGGCGACUACAAGUCCAGCACUGACGAUUUCAGUGGCGGCCACAACAAGACUAGCACCGAUGGCUACGGCAGUGGAUACAAGGACUCCAGUACCGACGACCACAAGUCGAGCUCCGACGACUAUGAUGGUGGCUACAAGAACUCCAUCGCCGAUGCCGGCUAUGGGGAAGGUGGUUACAACAAAUCAAGCACCGAGGACUCCCAAGCCUACAUGAAAUCAAGCACUGAGGACUCCCAGGCCUACAACAAAUCAAGCACCGAGGACUACAGCAGUGGUAAGAAUACCUCCAACACUGAUGACUUUGACAGCAGUGGCUACAACAAGCCCAGCACUGGUGACGACAAUGACCGCAGUGGUGGCUACAACGAGUCCGGCGCCGACGGGUAUGCCACUGGAGCAGGCAAGACCGGCUCUGAUGAUUACUAGACAAAAUCGUCGCGAAAGCGAGUGUGUUUGCGGUGCUAAAUAUGUACGUGUGGUUGCUACUGCUACUGGUCCUUGCUAAAUGAUCAUGUUUAUGUAAUCUGGAGUAAAUGUUUAUGCGUCAUGUUUAUAAUUGAAUGUUAUACUUUGUCC